CCAUGGCGGCAGAGUCCCAGCUUCUCCGUGCCGUCGCCCUGGGCCUGCUGCUGUGCGUGCUGGGUCCCGGGGCCACCCAGGGCGGGAAGCUGCUGCUGGUCCCGAUGGACGGGAGCCACUGGCUGGCCACCCUCGGGGUCAUCCAUCGACUGCAGCAGAAGGGACACGAGAUCGUGGUGGUGGCGCCGGCCGCCUCGGUGCAUAUUCGAGAAGGACCCUCUUACACCUUGAAGAAGUACUCCGUGCCCAAGGGGAGGGAGGAAAUGCAAAGGAUCAUGGCCAAGCUUGGGAGACGGGUGUUCGAGGACAAGCCUUUCCUGCAGCGCGUGGUGGAAGCGUACCAGAGCGUCAAGGAGGACUCGGCCCUCUUCCUGUCCUUCUGCUCCUCUCUGCUCUACAACAAGGAGCUCAUGGCGUCCCUGGCCGCCAGCAACUUCGACCUCAUGCUGGCUGACCCCUUCCUGCCCUGCGGGCCCAUCGUGGCCCAGCACCUGGGGCUCCCCAGCGUCUUCUACCUAAACGCCAUGCCCUGCAGCCUGGACUACCAAGGCGCCCAGUGCCCCAAGCCCCCCUCCUACGUGCCCAGGUCGCUGUCCAUGAACUCGGAUCGCAUGACCUUCCUGCAGAGGGUGAAAAACGUGCUCAUCGCCUCCACCGAGAGCUUCCUGUGCAGCGCCGUGUACUCCCCCUACGCCCAGCUGGCCUCCGAGUUCCUGCAGAAGACGGUCACGGUGCAGGACCUCAUGAGCAACGCCUCAGUCUGGAUCCUCAGGAGCGACUUUGUCAACUACCACCCCAGGCCCAUCAUGCCCAACAUGGUCUUUGUUGGGGGGAUCAACUGUGCUAACCAAAAACCACUUGCCCAGGAAUUUGAAGCCUAUGUCAAUGCUUCUGGGGAACACGGGAUCGUGGUCUUCUCCCUGGGCUCCAUGGUUUCCGAUAUUCCAGAGAAGAAAGCCAUGGAAAUUGCCAAGGCCUUGGGCACCAUCCCCCAGACGGUCCUGUGGCGGUACACGGGAACUCCACCCUCGAAUCUCGCCAAGAACACGAAACUUGUCAAGUGGCUGCCCCAGAAUGACCUGCUCGGGCACCCCAAGACGCGCGCCUUCAUCACGCACUCCGGCUCCCACGGGAUCUACGAGGGCAUCUGCAACGGCGUGCCCAUGGUCAUGCUGCCCCUCUUCGGGGACCAGAUGGACAACGCCAAGCGCAUGGAGUCCCGGGGGGCCGGCGUGUCCCUGAACGUCCUGGAGAUGACCUCGGAGGACCUGUCCCAGGCCCUGAAGGCUGUCAUCUAUGACAAAAGCUACAAGGAGAACAUCAUGCGUCUCUCCAGCCUGCACAAGGACCGCCCCAUCGAGCCUCUGGACCUGGCCGUGUUCUGGGUGGAGUUCGUCAUGCGGCACAAGGGGGCGCCGCACCUGCGCCCCGCUGCCCACAACCUCACCUGGUACCAGUACCACUCCCUGGACGUGAUCGCCUUCCUCCUGUCCAUCGUGCUGGGCGUCCUCUUUGUCGUCUACAAGUGCUGCGCCUUCGGCUGCCGGAAGUGCUUCGGGAAGAAACCGCGUGGAAAGAAAUCACACAAGUCCAAGGCGCACUGAGAGGGGCCAGUGGCCACAGCAGGGGGGUAGCGGGGGACAGGUGGGGUCACCGUGGCUGUUCAGAGAUGCCCUCUGCCAUGGCUCCAUCACCAAAUCACGGGUCACACCUUUAGGUCGAUUUUUCAGACAUGUUUUCUGUGUGUCCGUUUCCUCCAACCCUGACCACACUCAGGAACUUUCACUCGACACCCCCCCGGAGGGCCGUGAAGGUCUCCAGGCACUUUUUCACUUAGAAAGGGGGCCAGCCGGGGGCCGCAGUGAGAUAAAACACCUUGGAUGAAAACUGUGACGUCACCUGGCUUUGGAGAGGCUGGAGAAGGGAGCCCGUCCCCACGACGACGAUGACAGGGGGCUUCGGGCUCCCUGGAGGUCGGUUGCUGUCUACUUGAAAAAUAAAUCAAUGAAAUAAA